AGUGGUGGGGGCUACCACUUACCUUUGGGGCUGCCACUUUGUAGAAAAGGCAAAAGCCUUUUGUGGCUGGUCACGACUCACGAGCAGAAGAAAAAACAGCAGAAAAACAGAGAAGAAAAAAGAGUAAAACCGAGAGAAGGAAGAAGAGAGAAAAAGAGAGGUGCAGCCUGGUUUUGUGCUCCGAUCGACGACCAAACGAGCUCCGAUCGGGAUGAAAUUUUAGUAUGUUGUUCUUGAGAUCCUCUUCUUCAUAUCCAACGGUGGGAUUGUUGUUUUGACCUCUCGAUGUCGGUAAAAUUGCCUCUUUUUACUGCUGCGUUUUUAUUGGGGAUUUCUCACNCCAACGCCUAUGAACUGUGGGAGAAACUCAAAUGCAUGUACGAGAGAGAAAAUGCCCUGAAUAAAGCCUCUAUUAUGAGAAGACUUGUGAAACUUGAUUACAGGGAUGGGCAUAGCGUGGUAGAGCAUUUGAAUGAUUUUCAGGGAUUGAUUAACCAAUUAUCUUCAAUGAAAUUGGUUUUAGAUGAUGAAUUGCAGGCGUUGUUGCUCCUCAGCUCGUUGCCAGAAAGCUGGGAGACCUUGGUUGUAUCACUUAGCAACUCUGCUCCAGAGGGUAAGCUCACAAUGGAUGUUGUGAAGUCGAGUCUGCUGAAUGAAGAAGCUAGGAGAAGAGAUCUGAGUUCCUCCAGCUAUUCAGAUCAGGCUCAUGUUGCUGAGGUAGAGAGUCGUGGAAGACACAGACAUAGGGAGUUUGAAUCCAGGGGGAGAUCUAAAUCAAGAAGCGAAGUAAAAUGCUUCUAUUGUGAUAAACCGGGCCAUAAGAUAUCUCAGUGCAGAAAGAUGAAGCGAGAUAAAGCCCAGCAGAAAGAGGAAAAAGGUCAGACUUCUGAGAAGAAAGAGGAGAAAGACACAGCAGCCCUUGCAGAUGCGGAUGAUUUAUUUUUCGUGUGUGAUGACACUAACUUUGAUGUUGUUUUUCAGGAUUGUACUUGGAUCAUUGAUUCAGGUGCCUCUUGUCAUCUCACACCUCAUCGGGAGUUCUUCUCAUCUUACACUAGCUGUGACUUUGGCUAUGUCAAGAUGGGGAAGGGUGCUGACAAAUCAUCUAAGAUUGUUGGGAUGGGCACUGUUUGUUUGCAGACUAACACUGGUUGCAGGUUGAUCCUCAGAGAUGUCAGACAUGUACCAGAGUUUCGGUUCAGCCUCAUUUCAGCUGGAGGACUUGAUGGAGAUGGUUAUGCUAACCGCUUUGGUGAAGGAAAGUGGAAGCUCACCAAAGGUUCUUUGAUCGUGGCCUGAGGUAAGAUAGAGAACAGGAUUUACGUGAUGCAAGCAAAGAUGUGCAGAGGAGAUCAGAACACUGCGCCCUCCACGGAUUUAUCGCACGAGAGGCUUGGUCACAUGCUUGAGAGUUGUCAGAAUAUCCUCCCUGAAGGUGAUAUUCCUUCUCUUUCCAUACAUUCAGAUCAUGGGGGAGAAGAAGGAGAAAAAUGUUGUGGUGAUGAUGUUACUCGUGAUGGUGAUGUACUUGAGCCACCUCAUUCCGAGCAUGGAGUUCCGCCACAGAGGGUUCCUCAAAUUGGUAUAUUUGAGAGAGAUUGCUACUGGGAAGAAGUGAAGAAGGUGCACCGACAAGAGUGGGUUCAAGCCAAGCGAGAUGGGGUUAUAUCCUUGCUUGAUGGACGUGUUCAUUCCCUGGUAAAGUUGCAUGGAAGCCAACGAGCACCCAAGAGCCAUCGGGUGUUCAAGUUGAAGAGAAGAGAGCGUUGCUCACAACCUAUUGACUUGGCGCAGUUGGUUGUGAAAGGUUUGUAUGAUAUUUAUCAUCAUUGAGUUUUACCCCCCAUGUAGAAGUGAGGGGGAGAUUUGUUGGGGUAUCCCUCUUACAUGGAGGAAGGAGUUCCUAAACAAUACAUUUGGUGUUAAAAAUGUAAUUUGU